AUGGAGCCAGCCGCGUCCCAUCGGCUGCCUUUGACCCCUGCCGCCCUCUCCACGGGCCGGCAGCACCGGCCCAGGCCCGCACUAGCGAGAGCACGGCCGGUGCAGCCUGGGCUUUUGUCCCGCAAGGCUCCUGAUGUCUCUUCCUUCCAACCAGCGGUGUUGGCAGCUGCUGCGACAGUGGCGGUGCAGAAGUCCCGGCGCCUUCGCGCAGUGGCUGUUCCACUGGAGGCCCCGCCAGCUCCUUCGGCUGCCAAAGGUGCAGACGACGGUGCGGAAGACGGUGCGGACGACAGCCUGGCGUCGAAGGUCAGGGGCGACUUCCCGGCGUUGAGCACUGAGGCCUACCCAGGAGUGCCCCUGAUUUACUUGGACUCUGGAGCGACGUCUCAGAAGCCCACCUGCGUCUUGAGGGCGCUGACCGAUUACUACGAGCACUCUGCCAAUGUCCACCGGGGCGCCUAUGCCUUGGCUGAGCGAGCCACAGAGGCCUUUGAGCAUGCCCGCAGCUCCGUGGCCACCCUAAUAGGGGCCGGUAGCUCGCAGGAGAUCAUCUUCACUAGCGGUGCCACAGAUGCCAUCAACCUGGUGGCCGAAAGCUGGGGCAGCCCGAACCUGGGCCCUGGUGACGAGGUGCUGAUCACAGUGAUGGAGCAUCACUCCAACAUUGUGCCAUGGCAGCUUGCAACGCAGAGGACAGGAGCAACCCUGAAGCACGUUGGAGUUACGGAGGAGGGAGUUCUUGACAUGGAAGAGUUCCACCGUCUGCUGAGCCCACGCACAAAGAUGGUAGCCUUCGUCCAUAUCUCAAACACGCUGGGCUGCAUUAAUCCAGUAAAAGAGAUCGCGGAGGCAGCGCAUGCUGUGGGCGCAAAGGUACUCCUGGAUGCUUGCCAAUCCGUUCCGCACCUAAAAAUCGAUGUACAAGAUCUUGGCAUCGAUUUCCUGGUUGCCUCCAGCCACAAGAUGUACGGCCCAACCGGCGUCGGAUUCUUGUGGGGCCGGCCAGAGAUUCUGGAGGCCAUGCCACCUUGGAAGGGCGGCGGGGAGAUGAUCAAGGAGGUUCACAUGGACGAGUCCUACUAUGCAGACGUGCCAGCGCGCUUUGAGGCCGGGACACCUCCCAUUGCCCAGGCCGUUGGGCUGGGUGUUGCCUGCGACUACCUCCUUGAGCUGGGCAUGGACCAAGUGGAGGCCCACGAGCAGAGCUUGGCAAAGUACUUGUGGGAGUCGCUCGCCGCCAUCCCGGGCCUGCGGCUCUACGGGCCCCCUGCUUCUGCUGGACCACGGGCUGCCCUGGUGGCCUUCAACGACACGGAGCCAGACGUUUACCCCCAGGAUCUCGCCGGUGUCCUGGACGGCGAUGGAGUGGCCAUCCGCGCGGGGCACCACUGCGCGCAGCCGCUUCACAGGGCUCUGGAAGCCACCUACGGAUCCGCCAGGGUGAGCUGCGCCUUCUACAACACGAAGGAAGAGAUUGACAAGUUCGUUCAGUCCUUGACAGAUGCGCUCGAGAUUGUCAGGGCGGGCGAGGCCUGCGUCUUUGACCCGGACGACCCCGAAUCGUGUAACUGCUCUAGCGGGAGGAUGCGAUCCUGA